CCAAUGUGCCCAUUCCUGAUAUCAGCGGCCAAGGCUUUCUCACUUCAUGAUCAACGGUCCAUAAAACUCCUUUUAUUUUCAAAUUAAACGGUUUUUCGAUUAUUAUUAUUAUUAUUAUUCUUUUCCAUCCCUGUCUUUCGCAACCAGCCUUCGUUUCUCACUUUCCUCUCCAUUUUCUCGGCGAAAUCAAGCAUGGGGAAAGGACCUGGUCUCUACUCCGAUAUCGGAAAAAAGUCUAGAGAUCUUCUUUACAAGGAUUACCAGGCCGACCACAAGUUCACUGUCACUACUUAUACCUCCAAUGGAGUCGCAAUCACAUCAACUGGGAUUAAGAAAGGUGAACUGCUUUUGGCUGAUGUAAGUACUGAGCUGAAGAACAAUAACAUCACAACCAAUGUCAAAGUUGACACUAAGUCUAAUCUUUUUGCCACUGUUACCGUUGAUGAACCUGCACCUGGAUUGAAGACAAUCUUUAGUUUUAUUGUCCCUGAUCAAAGGUCUGGCAAGGUGGAACUGCAAUACCAGCAUGAAUAUGCCGGCAUAAGCACUAGCAUUGGUUUGAAUGCUAAUCCCCUUGUUAACUUCUCUGGGGUGGUUGGAAACAAUUGUGUCUCAGUGGGGACUGAUCUCUCAUUUGACACCGCCAGUGGAAACUUUACCAAAUUGAAUGCUGGGCUGAAUUUCACCCAUUCUGACCUCAUUGCUUCCCUAACAUUAAAUGAUAAAGGUGACACUCUUAAUGCUUCCUACUACCACAUUGUUAGCCCAUUGACGAACACAGCGGUUGGUGCGGAGCUGACCCAUAGCUUUUCAAGUAAUGAGAACACUCUCACAAUCGGUACACAGCAUGCUCUUGACCCGUUGACCACAGUGAGGACUCGACUGAACAACUACGGCAGAGCAAGUGCUCUUAUCCAGCAUGAGUGGCGCCCAAAAUCCCUCUUCACUAUCUCUGGAGAGGUGGACACCAGAGCAAUUGAAAAGAGUGCUAAAGUCGGGCUGGCGUUGGCACUCAAGCCGUAGGGAAAGGUAAUAUCAUUGUUUGAAUGAAGGGAGGCCUUUACUUUUGAUUGGUGAAACCGGAAGUCUGGAAGACUCGGGAGAGUAAUAAUGUUCUUUGACGGAUUUUUCAUGAUCUUGGAUUGAAAAAAUAAUUGUGAUUGGCGAACUGAAAUUGGCAAUUUGUUAUGUUAAAUUUGCUAGGGCGUACAGUGUUUUUUUUUUUUUUUUUGGUUUAAAAAAACAAGGCAGUAGCCUAUUCAUCUGUGAAAUGCAAAUGUUGCUUACAUGCUAUUACUUAA